AUGGCACCAAGAAGGAUAAGAAAAAUCAGCAAUCAGGCAGAAGGACACACAGAUGGUCAAAUUAGCAAGGAGAUGCGCCAAAAGCAAAGGGGCGCUUUUUAUUCAACAGUUCGAGAAAGAAGGUUUUUAAUUUGAAGAAGGCCUAACCCUACCGUCCGUUUUCCAUGUUCUUCAAAUGAACUGAAUUCACUAUGUUCUCCCUUUACAGCACAGGACCGUAUAAACGAGAUGGAGGCAAAAUUGGAGCAGACUCUUGCAACAGUAGAUCGGGUUUUCAAAGUGGAAUUGAUGAAAAUGCCACCUGCGCUUCAAAAAACCCUGAUAAUAGAUUUAAUAAAUGGUGCGAUUUUCAAUUGUAUUUUAAUUAUUUUUUGGAAUACAUGUAUGUUUUUAUUUAGGUUGUUUCCACCCUUACUUUCCUAGCGGAUGACAUUUCGGCAGGUGAAGUCACAAUCGCCAUAAAGGUAGGAUGGAAAAUCGAUUAUCCGACUGGCUAUAAAUGGCUUAGUACUGCCUCCUUGUGGCUUACUGUAGAAAUGUCAACAUCCAACAUAUUUUACAGACCGAGUCACCCGAGAUUCACCAGCCUCUCACUAGGAAGCUCAGUAAAAAAGGUAAUGGUUUAUUUCCUCAAUUAAUUUAAAUGCAUAUAAACUUGUCAUUAACGAUACAUUUCUUACUUCUGUAGUCAAAGUAAGUGAAGGUGCAUCGGCUCAUAAACGGAAGACUACAACAGAACCAUCAAAGGUAGCUCGCAAUUCAAAGAGCUUUAUUGGCAUGGGAAACGUAUGUUUACAUUGCCAAAGCACGUGAAAUAGAUAAUAAACAGUGUUAUAAAGAUGUGCAAAUGGAUAAAGUACAAAAGGGAAAAUAAACAGGGGUUGUAUUUACAAUUGUUUGUUCUUCACUAGUUGCCCUUUUCUUGUGGCAACAGGUCCCAAAUCUUGCUGCUGUGAUGACACACUGGUAUUUCGCCUAAUAUAUGGGAGUUUAUCCAAAUUUGAUUUGUUUUCGAGUUCUUUGUAGGUCUGUAAUCUGAGGGAAAUGUCUCUCUGGUCAUACAUUUGGCAGGUUAGGAAGUGCAGGUCAGUUUCCACCUCGUUCUGUGGGCAGUGUGCACAGGCAGACCUGGCUAUCAAGAGAAGACCGGCUAUGGCUGCAUCUCAAUAGCAAGACUAUGCUCACUGAGUCUACACAUAGUCAAAGCUUUCCUUAAUUUUGGUUGUCAGUGGUCAGGUAUUCUGCCACUACUCUCUGUUUAGGUCCAAAUAGCAGUCCAGUUUGCUGUGUUUUUUUGGUAAAGUCAUUCCAAUGUGUUAAGUAAUUAUCAUUUUGUUUUCUCACGAUUUGGUUGGGUCUAAUUGUGUAGCUGUCCUGGGGCUCUGGUCUCUGUGAAUCGCUUCCUUUAAGGUAGUUGUAGAAUUUAACGGCUCUUUUCUGUAUUUUGAUAAUUAGCGGGUAUCGGCCUAAUUCUGCUCUGCAUGCAUUAUUUGGUGUUUUACGUUCUACACCCAUGUUUAUGCAGAAUUCUGCAUGCAGUCUCAAUUUGGUGUUUGUCCCAUUCUGUGAAUUCUUGGUUGGUGAGCAGACCCCACAACCAUAAAGGGCAAUGGGUUCUAUAACCGAUUCAAGUAUUUUUAGCCAGAUCCUAAUUGGGAUGUCGAAUUUGAUGUCCCUUUUGAUGGUGUAGAAGGCCUUUCCUGCCUUGUCUCAGAUUGAUCACAGCGUUGUGGAAGUUACCUGUGGUGCUGAUGUUUAGGCAGCGGUAGGUAUAGUUUAGCUCCCACUUUAUUUGCAUGGCAUUAGACCAAUGUGUGAUUGGGAACAGACUGGGCAUUUCCACAUAGAAAAUGUACUAAAUUGUAUUUUUUCUUUUUCUAAAGGGUUCCAAGAAAGCCAGAUCACUUGCCAAUAGCUCAAGCACUGGAAGCCUACGGUAACUCUCCCUAUUUAUUCCAGUCCACCACUCAAACACCUGAUUGAACUAAUUCAGUAGUGUUAGCUGAAACGCCCUCUUCUGGUUGAUUCUGCUCAUUUGUUCUUGCAGGUGUGCCACAUCCACAAAUACAAAAAUAACCAAAACUCGUCUUGCCAAAAUCAGUGAUCAGUCGCCACUGACUGGAACGAAACACAGGUUUGUCUUCACUUAUCACAAUCCCAGUGCAGUGUAACUGCAGUUCUGCAAUUACUGGGUCCAAAAUACCAGUUGAGUCGACUGCAGUUACUGCACUUUUACUGCAGUUUCAAAACUGCAAUCUUUUAAGGGAUAUCAGAGUUUAUCAAAUUAAUUCUGUCCUAAAUUCUGUUUCUAGAUCUGUUUUGCAGUCAGCCAGUGAUGACCACCUGUAUUGCUCCCUGUCUGGAUUGUCUCCACAUGUAACAAUCUCUACAGCCCAUGGAGAGGUAACUUUUCAUAUUGAGGUUGUUGGGGUUUAAGUUAUUUCAAGCAGUCUAAACUAGUCAUAUAUUUUCUCCAAAGACAUUGUGCCUCUCGGAUGAUACUGUUGAAGAUGUCGACAUUGGGUUACUGGAUGACAUGGCUGUUCUCCAGAUGCAGAAGUUGAUGGUAAAAUGUAAUCUGUUGUGAAUUUCUCAUUUAAAAUGGACAAUAUAUCCCCUACAAUUAAUUGACUAAUCUUUCUCAUUUAGAAACUGAUGGACUACCUUUUCAACAAAGUCAAAGCGAAUCAGCAAUGA